ACUGCCUUCAGUGAAUUGCGGAGGGCUCGCGGCCGGCGUGUCACUACGCCCGCAACGAGGUCCGGCCCCCACCUCGGCGCAGGGAGCCGAGAAACGGUCGCGCAGUUUGAAAUUAACGCCGGCAGGCGGGGCCUGAGCCGCAGCGCAGGCGGCCGGCCCUCUCCGCCCCAGCGCGCUCCCCGCAGCUACGCCUUCGCCCGUCCCAUCUCCGGCUCCUCGAGCCACACAAACCCCUGUGCCCGGCCCAAGGGGUGCGGGCUCGGCCCCGCCCGGAGGGACCUGAAGCCCCAAGCACGACACGCGCUGGCCCCCGCCCCGAAGGCCCCGGGCGAGGAGGUGGGCGGAGCCCAGCGUUGGCGCGCUGGGCGACGCAGGGAGAAAGAGAGCGAGGCCUCCGCAGUCCCGCCGGACGCCCCCCUCCCGCAGGAGACCCCCCCGCGGGCGCCACGCUGCGGACGCUCUUCAAAUCUCCGAUUUAAAAAAAAAAAUGGCCUCCAAUAAAACUACAUUGCAAAAAAUGGGAAAGAAACAGAAUGGGAAGAGUAAAAAAGUUGAAGAGGCAGAGCCUGAAGAAUUUGUGGUAGAAAAAGUGCUGGACCGUCGUGUAGUGAAUGGGAAGGUGGAGUAUUUCCUGAAGUGGAAGGGGUUCACAGAUGCUGAUAAUACUUGGGAACCAGAAGAAAAUUUAGAUUGUCCAGAAUUAAUUGAAGCAUUUCUUAAUUCUCAAAAAGCUGGUAAAGAAAAAGAUGGUACAAAAAGAAAAUCUUUAUCUGACAGUGAAUCUGAUGAUAGCAAAUCGAAGAAGAAAAGAGAUGCUGCUGACAAACCAAGGGGCUUUGCUAGAGGUCUUGAUCCUGAACGAAUAAUCGGUGCCACAGAUAGCAGUGGAGAAUUAAUGUUUCUCAUGAAAUGGAAGGACUCAGAUGAGGCUGAUUUGGUGCUGGCAAAGGAGGCGAAUAUGAAGUGUCCUCAGAUUGUCAUUGCCUUUUAUGAGGAGAGGCUGACUUGGCAUUCUUGUCCUGAAGAUGAAGCGCAAUAAUUGUUUGCAUUUUUAUAUAUAUUUAUAUAUAUAUAAAAUCUGGAUCUUGGGUUUUGAAUUACUAGUGUGAAAAAAUAGCGUUCUAAUGAAAAUCAAGUUUGAUAUGCUGGUUUUGAAAGUAUUGACAGUAGUUGGGAUAUUUUUGGGUUUGGUUCUGCAUCAAAAGGCACUGAUUCCAUUGAGCAAAUAAGAGCUUUCUGUAGUUGCUUCCUUUAACAAUAGAAUAUUUGAUACCAUGUUGUAUUUCCUCAGCCUUGAAGAACAGCUUUUCUUAAAUGCUAGGGAGAUUUUACAGCCAGUACUCUUAUUUUUAACUGGGACGCGGAAGGACCAUUCAUGGUUUUUUGUUUGUAUGCGUGUAUAUGCAUAAAACACUUAGGUAACUGUUUUUUCUUUUGUCUUGUUUUUUAAUACUCAAAAGAACUAGAGAUGAAAAUACAAGUUGAUGAGAUUCCAUUGUUAUGAACAUUUUCCUGAAACCAUAACCUUUCAGAUUAAGCAGAUUCUCUACUUACUUGGACAGUUUUUGUUGGAUAGUUUAAAAGCAACCACCAGAAUGUCUGUAUUAUCAUGUGAAUACAGUAGUUUAUUUACAAAAUUUUGUCCGUACUAACUGCCCCUUUAGAAAAUGGACUUAGACAAAAUAGUAUGAUUUAAUGACAAGAUUUAAGCGGAGUGUGGUGGUGCAUGCUGUUAAUCCCAGCACACUGGAAGCAGAUGGAUCUCUGAUUUAGAGGCCAGCCUGGUCUGCAGAGCUCUAUCUAGGUCAGCCAGGAUGUGGUAAAGGCCCAUCUGGUGAGCCAUUCCGUUGUAGAAAGUUGAAAUCGGUACUAAAAGGUUAUAUUUCAUGGAAUCUGUUUGCUGUGGAAAUGGGAUCAUGGUUAGAGAUGUUAGCAGUUUUAAAACAUGCUGACAUAGUGAACAAAAUUUGCUAAUGUCAAUUAAUGACUGCAUGCUUUUUCUUUACCCUGACUCAGUCCUUACUGGUAGGAUCAAUCUUUUCAGUAUUUGGUUCUGGUUUAACGAGCCAGAAAAGUAACUUUGUAGUAUCAGAAUGUCAUCCAACUGUAUAUUUACUUUAUUGUAAAUAAUGGUGAACAGUGGUCAAUAAAUAGUUUUAUAUUCCUUUA